ACCACAACUACUACUACUAUGCGUAGAGUAUUAAUAAUAGUAGCGGUAACCCACUGACGGUUGUGGUAGUAAUGGUGCUGGUGGUGGUGUUUGAAAAAUUACUUUCUAAUGUUGGCGAUGCUGGAUAUAUAAUCAUCAUUAUAUUUUACAAAUUAUUUUGGGAAUACGCGUACCCUGUUUGCCUUUUGGAAAAUGUAUUUUUCUAUUUUAGAAGCAUAUACUUAAUGACUCACAUAUAAAUAAAUUAACGAGUAGUCUUUUAUUUAUAAACUGUGCUAGCGCUUUCUUAAAUCUGUAAACGAAAGACAAAGGACAGAGAGUCAGAAUAAUAAAGCAUUGUGUAGUUAUGUCACUGAUGCAAAAUCAAGAAAUGCAGGGUAAUACUUAUAGAUUACUGUAACUGUCGAGAAAAGGAACAAAACAGCAGUUUGAUUAAAAUCAGAUCAAUAAUAAAUCCGUAUUUUUAUUCAAAUCUCCUAUUGAAGAGUUUGAAAAGGGGUAUUCUGUUUAUAAAAGUCACAGAAUCCUCACGUGUAAAGCCAGUGUACCUGAAAAAAUAUAUAUUCCUAACAAUAACGAACCUGAGUAUUAUUGCAUUAUAAUCAGAUAUCACAAUCUGACUAAAUAUUACAAAUUAUACUUAAUUUGUUGUAAUCUGUCAUUCUAAUUUCUGAAGCAAAAUUGUCUCUGGUAAUCUGGCAUUCCAUGUUUAGCUUACUAAUGUCUUGUUUAUGCAUAUGGGGAGUUUCAAAAGAUGCAGGCAACCAAUAAUUUGCCGUGUGCUUUUGCCUAUGAGCUGCUCAGGACAGUUUCUAAUGACUGAUAUUGAUAUAUGGUAAUUUCUUUACCGGAUCACAUGACACAAUUACCUCAAGAAUCGAUCAAGAUGAAUUGCACGUCAGCCUACGUUUCCGAUUUUUUUUUUCUCUCCCUCACGACUCCUGUCCACACGCCUAUGGUGCAAUAGAUGUACAAAGUUUAACACAGUCGAGUUGCCUGUUCGUGCUCUCUAACGCCAAACCGAGAUAUGACCGACUACGAUGAUCGUGGUAACUGCGCGUCCAAUAUGUAUUUACCGAACUGCACGUACUAUGUCUCAGCGCCGGAUUUUUCGAGCGUGUCGUCGUUUUUACCGCAGACCACAUCGUGUCAAGUUAAUUUUCCAUACUCCUCCAAUAUAGCUCAAGUCCAACCUGUUCGUGAAGUGUCUUUCAGAGACUAUGGACUGGAUCACCCGAGCAAAUGGCAUUACAGGGGCAAUUACGCGUCCUACUAUUCAACGGACGAGAUAAUGCACCGAGAUCUACUCCAGUCAUCAAACAGAGCGGAAAUGAUAUUUAAAAAUGAAUCGGUGUACAGCCAUCACGGCGGCACGAACUCCGCGUGCAAUUUUUUUACCAAUGUCGGUCGAAACGGAGUACUUCCACAAGGCUUUGACCAGUUUUUCGAAACUGUUAACGCUGCAAAGCCCAACCCCGAGUCCUCGAGACAAAAGACUGAGCCUACUGUCCCCGGAGAUGCCGCAUGUAAUAAAGUGUCCUCAGAUAGCGCGGAUCAGGAGAAAAGAGACGCUGACACCACAGAGGAAGAACUUCCACUAUCAACAUGCGAGCAAGAGGAGAAGAACAACGGCUCAAGUACAAAGUCCAGAAAAAAGAGGUGCCCGUAUUCAAAAUAUCAGAUCCGAGAACUUGAACGAGAAUUCUUUUUCAAUGUGUACAUUAAUAAAGAGAAGCGCCUCCAGUUGUCAAGAAUGCUAAACCUUACAGACCGACAAGUGAAGAUCUGGUUCCAAAACAGAAGGAUGAAGGAAAAAAAGCUAAACCGAGAUCGUCUCCAGUACUUUACUGGAAACCCUUUAUUCUGAAGUCAUUAGAUUUUCUAUUUUACCAGACCACUUCCAUGGAGUCAUGUUUAUGUACGUUCUUGGGACUUUAUGCAUUCAACCGAAACAGAUACGCAAAUUAAACUGUGAGGUCUGAUGUAUACUUUUUACUAUGCAAAAAUGUUGGUAGCCAAUUAACAUAAUAAACUCUUACCUCUGUAAAAAUGAUAUCUACAAAAGCAAACCUUCUAAGAAGAGGAAGAAAAAGAAGAAGAAGAAAAAGAAGAAGAAUGGUACCAAACGAUUGACAAUCCUUUCAUGUUCUUUUGUUUAAUUGUGAAUGUUAUUGUAUCUUUUUUUUUUUUUAUUUAUUGCAAUUUUCAUGGUACAAGGCUAUGCUAUGUAAGUCACUACAUUUGCAGUAAGCAAAAGCAAUUUUGAUUACAAUAAUCAAUUUGUGUUUCCAUUAGUGUAGAAUUGUGUAUGCAUUUGUUUCGGUAGCAUGCAGUGUAUGGUGUAGUAAAUAAAUCUGUAUAUUCCAGAAUACGUUGAACUUCUUUUUAGUAAUAGCUUGUUUCUUUUAGUAAAGGAAUGUGCUUGAGUUUUUGUAAUUAUAAAUAUUGUUUUUAAAAGUUUUGUACAAAUUAAAAGCAGAAAUGUGUAUGUUAAUUAAUCAGCAUCUUCUUUAAAUAAAUUUCUUUACACUUCUUCGAU